UAAUGAUUCGGGUGUGUCAUUACAGUAGUGUAUUACAAUACAAAGUAUGAACUUUGUAUUGUAAUACACUGUUAUAUUACUUGACAGAUUGACUUACUUAAUAAUAUAAUAAUUUUAUUUUUUACUUAAUAUAAUUUAUUGUGGGAUGAACGGAUUUCAUAUGGCGACUUAGACUGCAAAUUGAGCUCGACAAUAAUGUUAAUAUACGAGAGCAGUAGAUGCAUUGUUUCGGCGCGAUAUCCUCAAAGUGCAUCCAAGGAGGACUGUACUUUCAUUUAGACGCCGUUAUUUCUUUCACUUAUUAAACACGCAUUAAAACAAAUAAUAAAACUAUCUUCAAACAAGUGCUUAAGUAAUUCAAAUCAAACACAAAAAUUAAUAUGAAAUAUUACUAAACAAUUACGAGCGACUAGCGAUUUUACAAAAGUUGCGAAUAAAAAAUUAAGUAAGUACUUGCGGGGAGCUACCGGCUGGCCGCAUGAAAAAUAUAAACACAAAUACCUAUAUUAAAAUUCAGACGUACCAUAGGUAUAAAAAUGUACCUAGCGGCCAGGACAUACGGUUCAAAAUCACUAGGAAUAAUUCCGUGUCGCUUGCUCAUUUAUUUUGCGUCGAUCGGUCUGUCUCGCUCGCUCGGUUCCGUUCGUGUAUUAAGCAACAUUACACGACAAAGAAAGAAACAUGUUGGGUGAUAGUGUGAUGUUUGUUUCCUUCGCGUAAUGUGUGAUGUUGCAUUACAUCGUAGAGUAAUAUUACCCGAGUAAUAUCACUCGCAUUACUUACACAUGUCUACUAGAUACGAAUGCACUGGAAGUCUUAUCCUUUAUGCCACGACGACUUAACAUUUUACUUACUUUUCACUUUAACUUAUUACUUUAUAUUUUUUUUACUUAUUCCGAAUACUUCGUCUUUUGGAAUGGGCUGUAUAUUGCAUUUUCCCUUUAUUUGUUAAAGAGAAGAAAAAAAGUUACAAAACAAAAACAAACUUUUAGGUUAUGUAUUCAAACUAUAAUUUAAGCAAAAUAAUUUUAUUUAAGAAAGCAAAUUAUAAAGUUAAAAAUGUCGGUUGUAGUAAUUGCCAUAGCCACUGAUAGUGGUGUACCAAUAUUUUCUAGGAAACGAGGCAACAGUGACACUGUACAAUUUUCAACAAUAGCAUCAUUACAUGGUAUUAACAUGUUUACUAAAUGCCACAAUUUAACAAUGUUGAAUACGCUUGUUGAUAAUGGCAAAAUAUUAUGGAAGGAGUACUGUAAGAGCGUCACACUUAUCGGCAUAGCAACUGGUGGCUUAGAAUGCGAUUUAGAACUUCUCUUGGCAUCUAUACAUGAUGUCAUGAUAUUUUGCAUUGGAAAGAAGGAACUAGAAACAUUAAAAAAUGUUGAUCAAACCAAAAGAGAUUUAAGACAGUGCUAUCCUUUAAUAGAUUAUUUGUUGGAAUCCCUAGAUCCGAAUGCAAUUUCAAGUCCAUUACCAACUUUAGUACUUGAUCUUGUACAGAGCUUUUUGUGUCCACAAGCUCAACAAUUGCAGCAAGCACUAGACAACUAUGCGGAAAGUGUAACUGGGAGAUGGGCAUGCCUUAGUAUACAUGGACAUCUAGUAGCCACAAGCUCCGAUUUUGAUGAGCUGAACCCAAGAGAAGCACGACUUAUGCUGUUACUGGCUGCUUCACAAGAUGGUGCACCCCUGCGCGAAACACCUGUAUAUUUACCUCACAUGAGCCCAAAUGUCGCAUUCAGAGCGGUGACGUGCAAGCUCUUAUCAGACGUUUAUAUACUAGUUGUGUGUGGAGCUACUCCGCCUCUAUCGCAAAUCGAUGAAAUAGUUUUGCUUUGUUGGGAAGGAUACGCUCAAGUAAUAAAAGAAGCCAAACUAAUACAUCCCAGGAAUUUUCCAAUGAGUAUAACAUUUGAACCAUGUGUUUUAGCUAUUCUAGUCAUAAACAUACCGAAGCGCAGGUGUGUAUUUUCGAGACAUUUGCACCCGACACAAAAAGGACGCGGCAUGUCCGGGUCACACAGAUUGGACAUACUAAGAACAUUUUACAUAACUACAGCCAGAGAUUUAGCUCCAGAAUUGCGUAUAGAUGACCAAGAGAGAGAUUAUUUGGCUGGUUUAACUGAAACAUAUUGGUGUUCAGAAUAUCAUAAAUGUCACGCUCAGAGAAUGAGAAAUCUGUUGUGUUGUGUUCUUUACACGUCUACCGUCCACAAUCACACAAUGAGAUCGAUCACAAAUCAAAUAUUGCAAGAUUUAAGUUCAAACAAAGAAAUAUAUUGGUGAUACCAAUGGAGCAUUGCAUAGAAGUGGUGAUGUUAUGCGUUGUUAUAAAUGUUUUAACUGCAUAUUUACAUCCCUAAAUCUGCCAAUGGCCUGAAUGGUUUGGAUGGAAGGCGGAUGACACGAAACAAGAAGACAAGAGGUUACUAAUUUGAAGUGUAGAAUUAAAAAAAAAAUUGAAAUAAUAUAACAUAGGCUUUGCAUAUUGGGUAGCUAAAAUAGUCAACUGAAGGUCAAAGAAAUGGACUCCCAAAGUGUUAAUUACUAAAGUUUUUUUCAAUUGUAACUCAAACUUUCUCCUACCUAAUUACCAAUUGCCUCGAAGGGCUAUUCUGGUCACCUAUCCACCAUCCUAUCACCAGACUGGUGCCAGGAUGGUGGAAGCUCAGCCUGAGAGACUAUGCUAACAUCUGCCUUAGCAAGGCCAGUGCUUCGCUAAAUCUACCACCAGAUGGAAAUUGCGACCCACUGAGAAGAUUAUGAGAAACUGUGUCUAUGGGACUCAAGCUGUCAUUAUAUUUCAUUUGUAUGUAAGCUUAUUUCUCAAGACCUGUAAUUGGCUCUAUGUUAUACUGAUAGUUUUUUUUAUAUUUUAUGAUCAUUUAAUGCAAGUUAAUAAACACGAAUUAUAAUAUUUUGCUUCCUCGAUCUAUCACCACACCUCAACAUCCCGAGUAGUAUUAUUUCCUUUGAGCACUUUAGCUUCAUUAAAUAAUACAUUCUUCAAUGCAGAUUCAUUAAGUCAUUAAAGAAUGAAGCUGCAGUCCCCAAAUAAAUACUUAAAUGUGUAAUCAAGGACAAUAAUAUGUAAUAAAAAAUUAAGCCACAA